AUGGAUGAUCAAAAACAGCUGUUACUGCUUGCUUUUCCGAACCCUGGUCACGACAAUUUAUUGCCGAAGAGGAUUAGAGAAGCCACAAAAAAUCGAAAUGAAAAUGGAAGUAUUUUGACGAAAGCUUUAGAAGGUAUUGAGGCAAGCGCUGUAUUGCAAAUGGUCGUAGGUCCCGAACAUGUUGCCUUCCUUUUCAAGAGUGGGUGUGUAGCUCGUCUUGGGUUUCAAAUCAUUGCAGAAACAAAAAAGGAAAGUUCAACGAACAGUGAUAAACCGUCUGAUUUUGGAUGUGGGCACGGCGGUGGUGUACCAUCUUCGAGUACAACAGGUAGUAGCUCGACAUCGACAACAAGUUCCUUAAGUCGGAAUUCCAAAAUUCGUCGAGUUAUGACUACAGCUCGUUGUCCUGGAACCCUUGGAGAACGUGCUGGGGUAAUUGUUGGUAGAACGCGUCCUCUAAUUCCAGUCAAUGCCAUACCGGAAAAUAUAAUUGCACAAGCUCAGGUGGUACUGCAAGGGAAAUCAAGAGAGUCAAUUAUCCGUGAGCUGCAGAGAACAAACUUAAAUGUUAAUGAAGCUGUUAACAAUUUAUUAAGUCGAGACGAUGAGGAAGGUGAUGAUGGAGAAGAAGGGUUUGAAGCUUAUUUGCCAGACGAAAUACUAUCUCUUCUGGAUGCUGGCAUUACCAGAUCAGAUGGUCAUGGUGGGGCGUCGUUGAUGGAUCAUGACUCCUUAUAUACAGGAGCUGACAGUUUUGACUAUAUCGUCUCUAGAAGUGACCUUUCUAGGAAGAGAAAUGAUAGAGAUAAAAAGAUUGAAAAGAGCAAGGAGACACCACAAGUGGCCACCACAAAGUUAAAUCUUAAUGAAUCGUUGCAGUUCUGGGGUUCUGAACAGUGCCCCUUUCCUGUCGGAGUGACUAAAUUUAUUAAAAUAGCCGCUAUGCACAGCGAAUUAUUGGCCCUUGGUGACAAUGGCUUCUUUUAUGGUUGGACAUGGAAAGGGCAAAACAGUGGAUCUCUGGCUCUUCACCCUUUAAGUCGGCGGCUGUUGCUUAAUGCUCCGAGCCACGAGAAGUUCAUCGAUCUUGUGAGUUGUCCUUACAGAGCUUGCGUGGUUACAUCAGCUAAUAGAGUUGCAUCAUUUUUGGAUUGUGGGUCUUGUGGCGUACGUGUUUGCGAUCGACUGAUGAUACCACUGACAGAACUUCCGGAAACGGAAGUAUAUUCCGCUGCAUACGUAACGUCCAUGUAUGCUGCAAUUAGAACACAAACGAAUAACUUCUUUUGGUUUGGGAUAUACCCUUUCGAAGAGCGAAGGAAGAUUUGGGAAAGAUUACGAUCACGUUCACGUCGCAGAGUAACCUUCGACGUUAAUGAGAUAGUAGAGGGCUGCGAAGUCAGGACUAAAUCGCAGCCAAUUUAUUCUGCUGGUUCGGUUGCAAUUAGUUUUCAAUCUGGAGUUCCGAUGGUUGGGAAGUUGAUGGAGUCGGCUUGGACUUUAGCUGAAAUCUGUCGAUUCCGUGUCCAGACACCUUCACAGUACGAUGCUGAACGACCUGAUGAUGGUUCGUGUCUCUCAGCUUCGGGUCACAUUAAGAGUUCUUUAAAUCGUGAGUUGGUUAAAGCAUCUUCUCCUCCCUCAGUAAUUUGGUGUUGCUAA